UGUACGCUUGUCCAGGGCGCUCGACGCGAGCUGGUUAUAAAUAAUAUAUAAUAAUUGCAAAUAGGUGGUUGCGAGCAGAAUAGUUUCAAAUAUUAUCCCUCAGGUCGAAAUGGACGCUCUCCUCUCUCGACUCUUCUCCACGGAGGAAGAAGAGCUGUACAUUUUAGACUGCAUGGCUUACCUCAUGGUUUUCAUGGCAGCCUGCACUUUUAUUGCUUUGCUGUUCGAAAACGUUCCUUACGGUCGCUAUUCUACGAGCAAAUAUGGACUUCAAAUUAAUGUCCGGUUCGCCUGGUUCGUCCAGGAGCUGCCCGCCUUACUGCUGCCUUUGUGUCUGCUGCUCCGGGCAUCUUCUUCCAAGACGUCCUUACUACCAAAUCAGCUGCUCAUUGCCAUGUAUUUAUGCCACUAUGUUCAGAGAUCCUGUAUUUAUCCUUUUUUAAUCCGAGGAGGGAAACCGACACCAUUGGCCUCAUUCGCCCUGGCCUUUGUGUUCUGCAGCUAUAAUGGCUUCAUGCAGAUCAGGUACCUGAGCCAUUAUGCUGAGUACCCCACAAACUGGGUUACACAUCCAUGCUUCCUCGUUGGCUCGGUGCUAUGGUUUGUCGGCUGGAUUAUGAACGUGCAAUCUGACCACAUCCUUAGGAACCUGAGAAAGCCCGGAGAGACUGGAUACAAGAUUCCCAAAGGUGGAAUGUUUGAAUAUGUGUCUGGGGCCAACUUCUUAGGCGAGAUAACGGAGUGGGCUGGCUUCGCUCUGGCUGGUCACUCUGUUCACAGCGCAGCUUUCGCCAUCUUUACCACAGUGGUCCUCGCCAGCAGGGCUGUGGCCCACCACAAAUGGUAUCUUGCAAAGUUUGAAGACUAUCCUAAAAGCAGGAAGGCUUUGAUUCCCUUUUUGUUCUAGAAGAUCGGGAACCUGAAAAAGUAAUGUGUUUUCUUGCAGCAGCAGAGAAGAGCACUCCCAUAAUUGUCUAAUUUACACAAUCUUUGAUGUUGCAACAAACCUUAAUCAUAGCAAAAAUUUUUCUCGCUGAAAACAGGCUCACCUGAGCUGCGAGCAAGCAACAGUUAAAUGCCAUCUUCUCAAAAAGGUUUUUAUUGUUGCUAUUACUUUGAUAAUAACCUCCACAAAGCACCAAGGAACCUCAACAAGCAUGGACUGAUCGUGCGGAAGUGUUGAGUUUGAAGGAGAGCCAGCAUUCAGCUGUCCUCCAGAGGAAAUAAAGAUAGCAAAUGGAGUAUCUCCACGGUAAUACACAGGAUUUAUGAUGCUCUACAUCAGCAUUAAACCGCUUUAAGACUUUCCUUGAUCUGCAUAUUCUCUCAGUUGGAACAUAAACUUGGAAAUGCAAAGCAGACAUUUAAAAUUUUUAUUAAUCCUCAAGACUCAACUGUUACAAAUCUUUUUUAACAUCCAUUCACAUCAAAUCGACGAGUUCCGAAUUAAGUGUAGCUCCUGUUUCCUCCUGCAUUUCGCUCUGGGUGUCAUCUAUUGACCUCAUCUUCUCAAAAGUCUUGGAAAAGAAGCUGCUAAGGAACUUAAGGUAACUGCGUCUCUGGCCUGUAAAGACUCAGAGUCACAUCAGGCCUGUCCCUGACUAGUGGGCUGCAGGGACAGAGAAUGGCGAUCAAGCAUGGCUGUCAAUAACUCACCCAUGCCUGAAAUGAGAAAAUGAGAGAGUUGCCCCAAAACACACACACCCCAUGCUGGGGUUUCUGAGAGAGACGGAGGAGAAGAAAUGAAAGAGAAAAAUAUUGGACGGGUGAAAGCAGGCGCAGCGUGUGCUGAAUGAAUAAGGCUGAGAGAUUUCUUUUUGAAAGGACAGAGGGAAACUGGGGGAAUAGAUAGGACAAUGAAAUAUUGGGCUUGUCUCUUUUGCUCCAUUAUUGUUUCAUUUUUGUUACCAUGAGUCAUAAUCUUGUCAGUGUAAGUUAGGACUUUUCUUGAGUCAUGUCUUACUUUGUUGGUACUAAAAAUUUGAUGUGCCUUUAAUGUUUUUCCACAAUGACAUUUGAUUGAAAUCAAGUGCAAUCUUCUAAAAUACUUUUUUUUUUUUAAAUGCUGCUUCUGCUCAUAACUCCUGUUGAGGUCAUUUUUCUGUCACAACCAAGGUCAUGUCAUUAGGAAUUUUAUAAAUGUGUUGCAUUCAAGAGAGAUUUAUUUUGUCGUGAUUUUUACACACGUUGUCAUCAAUAAAUAUUACAACUGAUGUGUCUGACUGUGAUGACAAAUGAUGGCUGUGCAUCGCUGAAGGCUGUGCAGAGUGACAUCCUUCAUGUCUCCACCGUCUCUUUCUUUCCCGGUAUGUCUUCUGUUUGUGGAUCCUCUGUCUGUGCUCCUUGUAAUUGCAUCACUAUAUUAUACGGUCAGUAUUUAUAACUGAGCACGCCAUUUGACUGUAGUACCAUUUAUCUUCAUGCACUGGCAGUGGAUUUUGUCUUUAUAUGCGAAGCAUCUGUAAUGGCUUUUUACUCCCAAAUUCAGACACCCAGGCUCCAGGAUACUCCGCCAGAGGAGCUGUCAAGUAAUAUUUAAUAUACGCAUGCCAUAUAAUGUGAAAAAGACAGCUAACCAGUGUUAUUCAUCUGCAGGCUUCAAGACUGCUGCAUGAGAACAAGUUACAAGUUCACACCUCUGUGGUAGGAAAGGAAUGGGCAUGGCCCUGCAGCCUGGAAUGCCCCUGUCUUGCCCUCCACAGACUGUAUAUAAAAGAUGGAAAUAGUUUACUGAUCUGAAAAGUGAAGCCAUUUAUUAGUUUGUCUGCAAUGCUGCUUCUUACAGAUGGGAACAGACUGUCUGGGUUUCCCACAAAAAAGCUUCAAAUGUCUGGA